GAAAAGUUUAAACUGUUUGACGGCAAGCACUUGAAACCACUACUACAAGUGGCUCCAGAACCUAAAAAUGUCCGCUUGAUCGCCUAUUUUGACAAUUUGAUUCUAAAGGAACAUUACCGACAUCUGAAGCUGAGUGGAGCUAAGACACCAGAUGCACCAAAGAUGCCUCAUGUGAACACAGAGCUUCUGUUGUCAACUCUAGUGGGUGCCCACCCAUAUGUGAAAAAGUUACCCAUCCUUGAGAGGGAAGAGGUGGAACCCUCAUACAAAACUGAUGUCGGCCCCAUUACCAGAUCUGCUGACGCAGAUAUUCCUGCCAUCACAUUUGACAUGGACACUGAAGGUGUCUUGUUACGUGGAACUCGCAGCAAGUCGCUGGAUUAUGGAGUUGAUAUUGAUGCCAAGGGUCUCCGCAGUUUGCUUCGGUCUCAGAGGAAUAGCAGGAUG